AUGUCCCAUACGGAGCCGGACUCACUGUUUGGCUCAGGUCCCGGCCACAAUGCUCUAGGAAUCAGCAUUAUCGUAUUCAUGUCCGUCGCUCUCUACAACGCCCUCGAGCUAGCCGUUGUCAUCCCGUUGACCUUCCACCGGUACAGCAGUUUAUAUUUCUGGGCGCUGAUGACAUCCGCUGUCCUCGGUGUGAUUCCCGCAACUAUCGGACCGUCUUUGCAGUUCUUCGAUUUCACACCAUUAUGGCUGAGUAUGCUGUUGUCCAAUUUUGGGUUUGUCAUGAUGGUCCCAAAUCAGUCGGUGGUACUUUACUCGCGGUUACAUCUGGUGUCACAAAAUAAACUGAUGCUGGCCUUCGUGCGGUGGUUGAUAAUAUGGAGUCUAUUCAUGAUCGUUGUGCCAACGAUUGUGUUAAACGUCGGCUCAAGCUACCUGCCACAGUCGCUUCCAUGGGUGCGAGGAUACGAAGCGAUUGAACGGAUCCAAGUUACCUGGUUUGCAGUGCAGGAGACCUUCAUUUCCCUAAUAUAUAUCUGGCACACGGGUUGGAUGAUUCGACUUAGUCCUACCGAAGAUAAGCGGCGACACAAGAUUCUAUACGAACUAGUGAUUAUCAACAUCAUAGCCAUUGCCAUGGAUGCGUCUCUGGUGGUCCUGGAGUACCUAGGGUUCUAUUUCACGCAGGUUAUUUUCAAGGCGACCGUCUACAGCAUAAAGCUGAAGCUUGAGUUCGCUGUGCUGAGCAUGCUGGUCUCCCUCGUGCACCCGCCUAGGUCUGACCCGCCCACCUGGGGGACGAAUUGCACCGUGUCGACUUUCUAUUAG